AUGCCGCAGCAGGUUCUCUAUGAGCUGACUGCAGUCCCUGCCGGAUGGUCCCUGGCCACCGUCAUCGACGCCUUCGCCCGCUUGGCUGCUUGUCAUCCAACUCAUCCGAGUGCUAGCGCGGCGAGCCGAGCUCUUGAGGCGCUGAGCGAUCGGCUGGAGGAGCUCUGGGCCUCGCAGCCGCAGGAAGCCGAGGCCUGGCUCCAGCGGUGCCGGGAGCGCUUCGCAACGGAGCUCGCAGGCAAGGAGACGAGGCCGGAGCUCCUCUGCGAGGCGCUGCUCCGGCACGGGGCGGCCGAGAAUGGCAAGUACUGGAACGGCUACGCCUGCCGCUUCUCCGAGGUGGGGCUCCUGCGAGGAGCGCCGCGCGGCUCAGCAGCGGAGCGGGAGCAGUGGGCGGCUGAGUACCUGCAGUGGCCCUACAUCCGCGACCGCUGCCGGGAGCUCGCGGAGCGGCUCGUGCAGGCCGAGGCCGAGAGCCAGGAGACGGCGCGAAAGCGGCAGAAGCUCGAGGAGGAGAGCUCCGAGCGCCGGCGCCUCGAAGCGGAGCUCCACAAGUCGCAGGAGGAGGGCCGAGAGCUACGCAAUCGCCUGGCUGCGGCGGAGGCGGAGGUGUCCUGCAAGACCGCGGAGCUCCAAACUGCGCAGGGCGAGAGCGCCAAGUGCAAGGAGCGGUGCGAAGAGCUCGCAACUCGCGCUGCAGCUGCGGAGUCAGCCGUGGUGGAGCUGCGGCAGGAGCUCGGGCAGUUGCAGGACGAGCACGGCAAGUGCCAGGAGCGGUGCCAGGAGCUUGCAAAGUGUUUGGAGGCAGAAGCUUCAGAGCAUGGCAAGACCAAGGAGCUUCUGGCGCAGGCCGAGUCCCAUGCCGCCGAGCAGCAGUCGGAGGUGCAGCGACUGCAAGACGCGAGUCGCAGCUUCCAGGACGGUGUCCAGCUGACGACGGGGAGCAGCAAGGCAGUCUUGCAGGACCGGUGUGAGCAGCUCCAGCAGCAGCUUGCCGAAGCACGUGGUCAGCUGGAGGUUCUGUGGGAAGAGAGGGGCAUGUACAAGGAGCGCCUUCGCCAGCUUGCCGAGAGGAAGACGCAAGCGUCCCAUCAUCCUCCCAGCCUCCAUCCUUUGGGCCCGGCUCCUCACGACGCAGCCUUCGGUGAUGAGGAGCCGGAUCUUGCCGAGCAACUGGGGUACAGCCUCGUGGACGAAGAUG